AAAAAUGCUCUCGUAUAUUCUUCUUGACGAAUUGUUGUGUGAAUUAACACAUUCGGCGUUUCUUUUUUCGGCUUUUCCCUGGUUUUGGACCAAAUUUUGUUUGUUUUUCCUUUGGGAAAAAAUGAUUUGGUUCCUUUCUUCCUCUUUGAUUGUUGUUGUUCGUGACAAAAAACAGGUUCCUGUUGUACCAGAGCCAAUCGGUGAUGUUUACGUCUGUUUUGGUAGAGGUAUCAUACCUCUCACCACUUUCAAAAAUAAUCCUGAGCUUUUUGCACAGACCUCUCCUUUGCCUGCUCCUCCUCCCGAGGAUUCGGUUCGUCGACCCUUUUCUUCUGCUGCUUCUUUGCCAACUGUCACAAAGAAGGAGUAUAAAUGUUACUCUUUGGAUUGUGCUUGCGUGGUGGGAAUGCCAUGUCUUAGUGGUGGUCUUUUGCCUUCUUUUCCGUCGGUCUUUCCCGUCCGUUCUCGCGUUCCGUCCUUUGCUUUCGGAUGUGAAGCUUUAACACAAGCCUGGCUUGUAAACAAUUCUGCUUCUCUUUCCUGUGUUUCGUCGUCUGUCGCUCGUGCGGAUGUAUCUCGCUCUGCCGUUGCUCCCUGUUUGUCCGUGUCUCCUCUUGCGGUUUCUUCCCCAAAUGGGGAUAACGCAUCAUCGGCGGUUUCUUUCCCUUUCGGGGAUAACGCCAUUCCUGCGGUUUCUUCCUCCCUUGAGGAUAACGCUUCUUUUUCUGUUGCUCCUGUUGCUUCGGUUGCCUCUGGUGUUUGUGGUGGUUCUCCACCUUUGCCUUCUUUGACUUCGGUUGCUGUUUCUUCCGGCUGUUCUUCCGUUCGUUCUUCUCCGGGCUUGUCUUCCGCUUGCGCUCCUCUUGGUUUGCCUUCCUUCCCCCCUUCCCCAGUCGUUUCUUCGGUUUCUGCUUCUUUCGGUUGGGAUUCUUUUCCUGCUUCUCCCGUGUUGGCGUCAGCUGCUUCUCCUGUCUGUUCUUCGGCCCCUGCGUCCCCAGGUUUGUCCUUUGGUUCUUUUGCUUUGUUUGGGGUUGAGUUGACUCCUCCCUCCUCUCCUUCCCCCCGUGCGACUUCUGUUGCGUCUUCUGGUUCUUCUUCCCCUCGUCUUGUUUCUUCCCCUCGUCGUCCUUCUUCUCCUUGUGAAGAAGAAAAUAAUCGCGACCGUAAGAGAAUGCGUGCUCGAAGUUAA